AGCUGCAAGGAACAUCAAGCGGAAUGUGUAAGGUGCAAAACUUUUGCCGUAUAUUGGUUUUCGUGGCAGCUGCUUUAGGACCACAACCAACUUGGCAGCUUUCUCUACCCACCGACUCGACUUAUCAUGCAGGUAUUGUUGAGUUGACAGCAGCGCCGGGCAAAGGUAGCGCCAAAGCGGGUGAUACACUACCGCGCAUGAAAAGCAUAAUUGAAUCGAAUAGCACCAACGAUUUGGAUAUAUUAGUAUUUCCCGAGUAUGUGCUGAACGAUCACCAUUUUCGCACUUUUGUGCCCGAUCCGGCACUAAAGAUUGCACCUUGCGAAAUUCCGAAUUAUGACAUUUUUCUCAUCGAAUUAUCCUGCGCUGCCCGUUCGCGUAAACUCUAUUUGGUUAUCAACCUAACGGAGAAGGUUUUUUGUGCAAAUGACACCACAGCCGUGGGACGUUGUGAUCCAAGUGGCCUUAAUACGUACAACACCAAUGUAGUUUUCGAUCGUCAAGGACGUGUAAUAUCGCGCUAUCGCAAGUCCCACCUCUAUGGUUACGAAUGGUACAGUACAAAUGUGUUGCCUCAACCGCAGCUUGCAACAUUCACCACCGAUUUCGGUGUCACUUUUGGUCAUUUUAUAUGCUUCGAUAUGCUCUACUGGAAUCCCGCAGAAGUGUUGGUACGAGAAAGUGGCAUUACAGAUAUUAUCUAUCCAACUUAUUGGUUCAAUGAGUUGCCAUUUCUUACUGCCGUACAACUGCAAGAGGGCUGGGCAUUCGCCAACGAUGUUAACUUGCUUGCUGCUGACGCCAGCAAACCUAGUGGACAAACUAGUGGUUCAGGCAUUUAUGCUGGUCGCUUGGGACGGCUUGAAGCGGUCAUCUACGAGCAAGCGACCACACAGCUACUCACCGCUAGAGUACCCAAACGCGCCUAUCGAGAUAGCUACCAAGCGCCACCCAUCGUACAACCCAUCUUUGUGCCACAAGUCACAACACCACGUCUCACCAAACUCGAGCUGCUGCGCGACUAUAAUGUGGAUAUGUUUAAGACGCAACUGCUUGCAGCCGACUUUACGGCGAUCAAUCAAACACUUUGCUAUGAUAGUCAAUUCUGCUGCCACUUCCAGGCUGCACGCACUUUGGUAAGCAGCUCAACUACUCAUGCGGCUUAUCGCUAUCGUCUGGCGGCUUACAGCGGCUCGCAUGCCACACACCAACGCGUUGAUCCGGCAGCUUUGAAGAUCUGUGCUGUGCUCGCUUGCACCAAUAAUCAGUUGUACAGUUGUGGUCAUAUCUUCCCCACCAAUGUAACGGUGGCAAACAAAUACUAUUUUAACGUGUUGAAGGUGAGCGCCUCAUUUGCGCACGCGCCACGACGUCUCAUUAUGCCGUCCAGUGUGGAUGGUGCUAUGUUGCCGCUGCCUGUGCACACGUACGAAUGGCAGGAGUUUGAAAGCAACAACGCCACUGCCAUCUCCAUUAGCUUGACUUAUCCGAAGUUGGACAUACUGACCUUUGGCAUUUGGGGCAACUACUAUACCGAGGAGAUGAGCUCACAUAAUUUCGAUCCUGUAUGGCAACCAACGCAGGAAAUUAAUUCUGCCGCUUCAUUUGUGUGUGCACUGCCGCUCUUAGCUUCAUUGGUGCUGGUGAUUUUUAUCAAGCAAUUCUAGAUUGGCAUGCAAGCCAUAAACUUCCGAGAAGGUCUGUGUGCGAAUACAAAGAAAAUGGAAUACAAAUAAUUUUUUAAUACUUUGUCAAUAUUUGUAUUAUAUUUUUUAUUACAAACCCUAAAAAUAUGCAGAUUCAGGCGUGGAAACAAAAUGUCACGCUAAAUAUUAGCUUGUGCCACAUUUUUUGUUGACUGAAGACCAACAUCAUUGAGUAGAUUAAGAAACAGAUUGUCAAA